AUGGUUCUGUCGAAGCGAUACUACUGCAUCACGUACGACAACGGCGAGAGGGAAUGCUUCAACGAUGACAGCUUUUGGUACUCCGACACGGGCAUCAUAGUCAAAUGGAUCAUCCUCGCCUCCUUCUUCUUCAUCUUCUUCGGUUGGUUCGUUAUCGGUCACAUCCACGCAAAGCAACGAUUAAAGAAGGGUCUCCCUCUUCUUUCCUACCACCGCUUCCUAAUCCCUUACAACCAACGCCGCGGCCCCCUCGCCCCCCAAAACCACUUCACCUUCUACCAAACCCAACAACCCUACGGUACCGCGCCGCCGCCAAACGCCCCUUACGCCCAACGCACCGACGGCGCAUGGGCUGAACCCCCGCCUCUAUACCAAAACACAGAUGCCCCGCCUCAAUACUUUGCGCCAGCUGGUGCCUCGAAGACAAAUCCUAGUCAAGCGACCGCCUCUGGAUCCGCCGCUCCUGCGAUGGAGAUGCCGAUGUAUGGAGCGUCGCAGCCUGGACCGCAGCAGGCGGGUGUCGUGGGCGGCAGCGAUGUCGAACAAGGCCGAGUUCCGACGCAGGAGUUGCCACCGAGACCGGCGAAGGCGAAGUUGAUGGGUGUGUUGGAGAGGUUUAGGAAGUAA